AUGCAUCUGCAAGCCUCCUACACCUACCUCGAUCUGAGCUUCUAUUUCGACGAUGUUGCUCUGGAGAGCGUGGGCCGCUUUUCCGGGAAUUGGCCGAGGAGAAGCACGAGGGCGCCGAGCGUUUUGAAAAUGCAAAACCAGUGCGGCGGCCGCCCUCUCUUCCAGGAGGAGCAGAAGCCUCGCCAAUACGAGUGGGGUAAAACCCAAGACGCUGUCGGAGCCGCCGUGCUAGCGGAGAAGAACCUGAAACAGACCCUUGAGAACCUGCCUGCCCUGGGCUGUGCCCCCGCAUACCCCCGCCUCUGUGACUUCCGGGAGAGCCGCUUCCGGGAGAGCCGCUUCCGGGAGAAGCAGGUGAAACUCAUCAAGAAGAUGGGCGACCACGUGACUAACCUCCGCAGGCCGGCUGGCCCCCAGGCUGGGCUGGACGAAUAUCUCUUUGAGAGGCUCACCUUCCAGAACCACCAGGAGCCUCCGGAGCCCAGCAGGCUUUGA